CCCCGCUCUCCGCCCCCAGCGCACAAAGCCCCGGGCCAGCGGCGGCGGCUGCGGCGGAGGCUCCGCGGGGCUGGGGGCGAGGAUGGCGGUGCAGGGCGGGUGAGCGCUCCCGGGCAGACGCUGCUCCCCUGCCCGCCAGGCGCCGGCUCCCGGGGCGAGCCAACAUGGGGUUCCUGCACCAGCUGCAUCUCCUGCUCUGGAAGAACGUGACUCUCAAGCGCAGGAGCCCGUGGGUGCUGGCCUUCGAGAUCUUCAUCCCCUUGGUCCUCUUCUUCAUCCUCCUGGGGCUGCGGCAGAAGAAGCCCACCAUCCCCGUGAAGGAAGUCUCUUUCUACACAGCAGCCCCUCUCACCUCGGCUGGGAUCCUGCCGGUGAUGCAGUCCUUGUGCCCCGACGGCCAGAGAGAUGAGUUUGGAUUCCUGCAGUAUUCCAAUUCCACCGUGACCCAGCUCCUGGAGCGGCUCAAUGAGGUGGUGGAAGAGAGCAACCUGUUUGACCCGAAUCACCCCGGGCUGGAGGAGGAGCUGGAGUCCCUGCGGCGGCAGCUGGAGUCCCUCAGCAACAGCGAGCCCAGCUCCAUGGAGACCCACUUCGACAGCCGGGCAGCGUCCGGCUUCACGCUGGGCUCCGCGGUGAAGGACCAGCGUGAACUUCGUCGCUUCCUCACUCGGAACCUCUCCCUGCCCAACGAGACGGCCCAGCUGCUGCUAGGCUCCAACAUCAACUUCAAGGAGGUCUAUCGCCUGUUUUUCGGCUCCUCGCCCGCCUCUGCGGACGACGCCCACGAGAGAGAGCCCUGGGACCGGUUCAGCACUGGGGAGAAGAUUCUCCAGCUGGAGGAGAGCCUCCUGGGCGGGUGGAGGAACCUGGAAGAUGGGCUGAUCCACAGGGCUCUGCGCGACCCCAAGAGAUCCACCCACAGGCAGGCCCUGCUGCACCUCCUGUCCCAGGCCCUGGGCCUGGCCGGUGCACCCUCCGAGGCCUCUGCUUCCUACAGCCCCCAGUCCUUUGUGAAGGAGAUGGAGAGCAUCCUCUUCACGCCAUCGGUGCUGGAGCACCUGACCUGUGACCAGGAUCAGGAGGAACUGAAGCAGAUCCUGACUGUCCCGGGGAGCCGGCAGCCCUGGCUGCGGGCCUACCGGGCCACUGUCUGCAACGGGAGCGCCAGCGUCCGCCGGGAGCACUUCACACAGCUGGCCAUGGAGCUCAAGGAGCAGCUGGAUGUGCACAAAGUCAUCAGCAGGCUCAGGCUGGACGAGGUGAAUGGCACGGCGGCCCAGCACCGGCUCCACGCCCUCCUGGAGGACCUCGUGGAGAUGGAGAAGGUUCUGAAGGACGUGGACAUCCUCUCGGCUCUGGCCAAGCUGCUGCCCCAGGGCGCCUGUGCCAGCAAAGCACCCCCGCCCGCCACCAACAGCACCAGCUGGGGUGGCAACUUCACCGCCGGCACCAACUCCACCACGGAGGAGGGCGACAGGGAGCCCGUGGGAGAGAACCCCCAGGGCCAGCGCUCGGCCUUUGUGCAGCUCUGGGCAGGACUGCAACCCAUCCUGUGCGGGAACAACCGCACCAUCGAACCCGAGGCCCUGAAGCAGGGCAACAUGAGCUCCUUGGGCUUCACCAGCAAGGAGCAGCGUAACCUGGGCCUGCUGGUGCACCUCAUGACCAGCAACCCCAAGAUCCUGUACUCGCCCGUCGGGACGGAGGUGGACAAGGUCAUCCUGAAGGCCAAUGAGACCUUUGCCUUCGUCGGGAACGUGACUCGCUACGCCCAGGUCUGGCUGAACAUCUCCUCUGAGAUCCGGGGCUUCCUGGAGGAGGGCAAACUGCAGCGACGGAUCCGCUGGCUUCAGGAGUUCACCACCGACCUCCACAAACACCCCGAGAUCCUGAACGCCUCGGACAACAACCUCCUCCGCAGCUUCAUCGACGGCAACUUCUCGCUGCCCAACACCAGCGCCCUGCUGCAGCAGCUGGACACCAUCGACAACGCCGCCUGCGGCUGGAUCCAGUUCAUGUCCAAGGUCAGCGUGGACAUCUUCAAGGGCUUCCCCGAUGAGGAGAGCAUUGUGAACUACACGCUGAACCAGGCGUACCAGGACAACGUCACGGUGUUUGCCAGUGUGAUCUUCCAGACCAACAAGGAUGGCUCCCUGCCCCCCCACGUGAUGUACAAGAUCCGGCAGAACUCCAGCUUCACCGAGAAGACCAAUGAGAUCCGGCGGGCGUACUGGCGGCCGGGCCCCAACACGGGCGGGCGCUUCUACUUCCUCUACGGUUUCGUGUGGAUCCAGGACAUGAUGGAGCGAGCCAUAAUCAACACCUUCGUGGGCCAUGACGUGGUGGAGCCUGGCAAUUACGUGCAGAUGUUCCCGUACCCGUGUUACACCAGGGACGAUUUCCUGUUCGUCAUCGAGCACAUGAUGCCCUUGUGCAUGGUGAUCUCCUGGGUCUAUUCGGUGGCGAUGAUGAUCCAGCACAUUGUGGCGGAGAAGGAGCAUCGGCUGAAAGAGGUGAUGAAGAUGAUGGGCCUGAACAACGCAGUCCACUGGGUGGCCUGGUUCAUCACUGGCUUUGUCCAGCUCUCCAUCUCCGUCACCGCGCUCACCGCCAUCCUGAAAUACGGCAAGGUCCUGAUGCACAGCGAUGUCUUCAUCAUCUGGCUCUUCCUUGCCAUCUACGCCGUGGCCACCAUCAUGUUCUGUUUCCUGGUGUCCGUGCUCUAUUCCAAGGCCAAGCUGGCCUCAGCCUGCGGGGGCAUCAUCUACUUCCUGAGCUACGUCCCCUACAUGUACGUCGCCAUCCGGGAGGAAGUGGCGCACGACAAGAUCACGGCCUUCGAGAAGUGCAUCGCUUCUCUCAUGUCGACCACGGCCUUCGGGCUGGGCUCCAAGUACUUUGCGCUGUACGAGGUGGCGGGCGUGGGCAUCCAGUGGCACACCUUCAGCCAGUCGCCCGUGGAAGGCGACGACUUCAACCUGCUGCUCUCCAUGAUGAUGCUGAUCGUGGAUGCCGUGGUCUACGGUGUGCUGACGUGGUACAUCGAGGCCGUGCACCCAGGCAUGUACGGGCUCCCCCGGCCCUGGUACUUCCCCUUCCAGAAAUCCUACUGGCUCGGGAACGGGCGGGUCGAAACCUGGGAGUGGACCUGGCCCUGGUCUAGAACCACCCGCCUCAGCAUCAUGGAGGAGGAUCAGGCCUGCGCCAUGGAGAACAGGCGGCUGGAGGAGACGCGUGGCAUAGAGGAGGAGCCGAACCACCUGCCGCUCGUCGUGUGCGUGGACAAGCUCACCAAGGUCUACAAGACGGACAAGAAGCUGGCGCUGAACAAGCUGAGCCUGAACCUCUAUGAGAACCAAGUGGUGUCCUUCCUGGGGCACAACGGGGCAGGCAAGACCACCACCAUGUCCAUCCUGACUGGCCUCUUCCCCCCAACCUCGGGCUCUGCUACCAUCUACGGCCACGACAUCCGGACGGAGAUGGACGAGAUCCGGAAGAACCUGGGCAUGUGUCCCCAGCACAACGUGCUCUUCGAUAAGCUGACGGUGGAGGAGCACCUCUGGUUCUACUCGCAGCUUAAGAGCAUGGCGGAGGAGGAGAUCCGCAAGGAGAUGGACAAGAUGAUUGAAGACCUGGAGCUGUCCAACAAGCGGCACUCCCUGGUGCAGACUCUGUCAGGAGGGAUGAAGAGGAAGCUGUCGGUGGCCAUCGCCUUUGUGGGGGGAUCGCGGGCUGUUAUCUUGGAUGAGCCCACUGCUGGCGUUGACCCGUACGCACGUAGGGCUAUUUGGGAUCUGAUCCUCAAAUACAAACCUGGAAGGACCAUCCUGCUCUCCACACAUCACAUGGACGAGGCCGACCUGCUCGGGGACCGCAUCGCCAUCAUCUCCCAUGGCAAACUCAAGUGCUGCGGCUCCCCACUCUUCCUCAAGAGCACCUACGGGGAUGGCUACAAGCUGACGGUGGUGAAGAAGCAGUCAGACUCCAGGAACGGCACAGACUCGGGGCAGACGCACAGCCCCCCCUCCCACUCCUCCGCCAGCCCCUGCUCCGAGCCCCGCGUCACCCAGUUCAUCAAGAAGUACGUGGCCUCCUGCCUGCUGAUCUCCAACACCAACACGGAGCUCUCCUACAUCCUGCCCAGCGAGGCUGUCAAGAAGGGCUGCUUCGAGAGGCUCUUCCAGCACCUGGAGCAGAGCCUGGGGGAGCUGGAGCUGACCAGCUUCGGGCUGAUGGACACUACCCUGGAGGAGGUCUUCCUCAAGGUGUCGGAGGAGGACCUGUCCCUGGAGAACAGCGAUGUCGACAUGAAGGAGUCCAAGAAAGAUGCGUUGCAGCCACCGGCUCCCCAGAUGGGCCUGAAGCCCGAGGCCAACGGGGAGCCCCAUCCUGACGCGGAGGCACCCGAGAAGCCGGAGGUGGAGCUCAGCAACCUGGUGGCCUGCUCCAACCUGGCCCAGUCGCAGGCGUCUCUGCGCUCGGCUUCCUCUGUGGGCUCCGUGCGGGGCGAUGAAGGUGGGGCUUAUUCGGAGUUCUAUGGGGAUUACUCUCCGUUGUUUGAUAAUCUGCAGGACCCUGAUAACGUCAGUCUGCAAGACCAAGAGGCUGACGCCGAGGCUGCGGACCAGCCCCUGGGGGGACAGGGGAGCUUUAAGCUGGAGGGCUCCUGGCUCAAGCUGCGCCAGUUCCACGGGCUGAUCGUCAAACGCUUCCACUGCGCCAAGCGCAACACCAAGGCCCUGUUCUCGCAGAUCCUGCUGCCCGCCUUCUUCGUCUGCGUGGCCAUGACGGUGGCGCUGUCUGUGCCCGAAAUAGGUGACCUGCCUCCUCUGAUCCUCUCGCCGUCCCAGUAUCACAACUACACCCAGCCCAAGGGCAACUUCAUCCCCUAUGCCAACGAGGAGCGGCGCGAGUACCGCAUAAAGCUGUCGCCCGACGCCAGCCCCCAGCAGCUCGUCAGCACCUUCCACCUGCCCUCCGGGGUGGGGGCCACCUGUGUGCUGAAGACGGCCUUCAAUAGCACCCUGGACCAGCUGGUGCAGACCCUAAACCUCAACAGCAACGAGUCCAAGAUGCUGGCAGCCAAGUACUUUGACGCCAUGUGCGUCGAUUCCUUCACCCAGGGCCUGCCGCUCUCCAACUUCGUGCCACCGCCCCCAUCCCCGGCCCCUUCCGACUACCCCGUCUCCCUGGACGACGACAUGGUGCACGCCUGGAACUCCACCACGUAUCCCUCCACCGUCAAAGAGACCGUCACUUUGGCCCCGUCCCUGCCCCGCAUCAUCCACGAGCCCAUCAAAUGCACCUGCUCCAUGCAGGGGACGGGCUUCUCCUGUCCCAGCGGCGUGGGAGGCCACCCGCCCCAGAUGAAGGUGGUGACAGGGGACAUCCUGGCGGACAUCACAGGGCGCAACGUCUCGGAGUAUAUGCUGUACACGUCGGACCGCUUCCGGCUGCACAGGUAUGGAGCGAUCACCGUUGGCAACGUCCAGAAAUCCAUCCCAGUGUCCUUUGGCGCCCAGGCCCCGCCCAUGGUGCGGAAGAUCGCGGUCAGGAGAACAGCCCAGGUCUUCUACAACAACAAGGGCUACCACAGUAUGCCCACCUACCUGAACGUGCUGAACAACGCCAUCCUGCGGGCCAACCUGCCCAAGGGCCGAGGGAACCCCGCCGCCUACGGCAUCACAGUGACCAACCAUCCGAUGAACAAGACGAGCGCCAGCCUCUCCCUGGAUUACCUCCUGCAAGGCACAGACGUGGUCAUCGCCAUCUUCAUCAUUGUGGCCAUGUCCUUCGUGCCGGCCAGCUUCGUGGUGUUUCUGGUGGCCGAGAAGGCCACCAAAGCCAAGCACCUGCAGUUCGUGAGCGGCUGCGACCCGGUGAUCUACUGGCUGGCCAACUACGUGUGGGACAUGCUGAACUACCUGGUGCCGGCCACAUGCUGCAUCAUCAUCCUCUUCGUGUUCGACCUCCCGGCGUAUACGUCCCCCACCAACUUCCCCGCCGUCCUCUCGCUCUUCCUGCUCUAUGGCUGGUCCAUCACCCCCAUCAUGUACCCAGCCUCCUUCUGGUUCGAGGUGCCCAGCUCAGCCUACGUCUUUCUGAUCGUUAUCAACCUCUUCAUUGGCAUCACGGCCACUGUCGCCACCUUCCUGCUGCAGCUCUUUGAGCACGACAAGGACCUGAAGGUCGUUAACAGCUACCUGAAGAGCUGCUUCCUCAUCUUCCCCAACUACAACCUGGGCCACGGGCUGAUGGAAAUGGCCUACAAUGAGUACAUCAACGAAUACUACGCCAAGAUCGGGCAGUUUGAUAAAAUGAAAUCGCCCUUUGAGUGGGACAUUGUGACCCGGGGCCUGGUUGCCAUGACGAUUGAAGGCUUCGUAGGUUUCUUCAUCACCAUCAUGUGCCAAUAUAACUUCUUCCGGAAACCACAGCGGCUGCCUGUCUCCAACAAGCCCAUCGAGGACGACGUCGAUGUGGCCAACGAACGGCACCGGGUCCUGCGCGGCGAUGCCGACAAUGACAUGCUCAAGAUUGAGAAUCUCACCAAGGUGUACAAAUCCCGCAAGAUCGGGCGCAUCCUGGCCGUGGACCGUCUGUGCGUGGGCGUGCGGCCCGGGGAGUGCUUCGGGCUGCUGGGCGUCAAUGGGGCGGGGAAGACCACCACCUUCAAGAUGCUGACUGGGGACGAGAGCACCACCGGAGGGGAGGCCUUUGUCAACGGGCACAGUAUCCUUAAGGAACUCCUUCAGGUGCAGCAGAGCCUGGGCUACUGCCCGCAGUUUGACGCGCUGUUCGACGAGCUCACGGCGCAGGAGCACCUGGAGCUCUACACCCGGCUGCGUGGCAUCCCCUGGAAGGACGAGGAGAGGGUGGUGAAGUGGGCGAUGAAGAAGCUGGAGCUCACCAAAUACGCCGACAAGCCGGCCAGCACCUACAGCGGGGGCAACAAGAGGAAGCUGUCCACGGCCAUCGCCCUGAUUGGCUUCCCUGCCUUCAUCUUCCUGGACGAGCCGACGACAGGCAUGGACCCCAAGGCUCGGCGCUUCCUGUGGAACCUCAUCCUGGACAUCAUCAAAACAGGCCGCUCUGUUGUGCUGACGUCCCACAGCAUGGAGGAGUGCGAGGCGCUCUGCACCAGGCUGGCCAUCAUGGUGAACGGGCGGCUCAAGUGCCUCGGCAGCAUCCAGCACCUGAAAAACAGGUUUGGAGAUGGCUACAUGAUCACGGUGCGGACCAAGUCCAGCCUCAGCGUCAAGGAGGUGGUGCGGUUCUUCAACAGGAACUUCCCCGAGGCCAUCCUCAAGGAGCGACACCACACCAAGGUGCAGUACCAGCUCAAGUCUGAGCAGAUCUCGCUGGCCCAGGUCUUCAGCAAGAUGGAGCAGGUGGUGGACGUGCUGGGCAUCGAGGAUUACUCCGUCAGCCAGACCACGCUUGAUAACGUGUUUGUGAAUUUUGCCAAGAAGCAAAGCGACAACCUGGAGCAGCAGGAGACCAGCCCCAACUGCUCGAUCCAGUCCCCGCUGGAGCACAUCCUGAGCCUGCUGCGGCCCCGCGCCGCCCCCACCGAGCUGCGGGCCCUAGUGGUGGAGGAGCCCGAGGACCUGGAGACAGAUGACGAGGGCUUGAUCAGCUUCGAGGAGGAGAGGGCUCAGCUCUCCUUCAACACGGACACUCUCUGCUGAGGAGCCGGGGGGGAGCGAACUCCCCAUCCUAGGAGACGCUGACUCCCCCUUGCCCCAGUGCCCCCGCCCCUCCCCGCCCUCCAUUGAGCGGCAGCCCUCCAGCGUCAGCGAGAUGGGUGGCCAUCUCCACCCGCUGUCGGCAAGGCCGUUAGCCGCCUGGAUCCUGCAGCCCGAACCAGAAGCUGACAUGGAGCUGCCACUGCAAGGCCCAGAGAGACCUGAGGGCAGAGCACUGGCCUGGAUGGACACUGGAGGUUUCUCCCCACCGGCCGGGCCCACAGCUAAGCGACCCUCUCCCUGGCCUGCAGCGGCAGAGGGGAGACGGGCGGGUUGCCCGGGGGUUGCAGGAAGGUGGCGAAGAAGGAAGGAGUAAAUGUACAGAGCAGACUGUGUGCGGACGCUGCUUCCUUUGAUCCUUUCCGGAGGGACGCGAGAGGAGCCGCACCCUGGGGAGCAUGGCCGGGGCUGGCGGUGUGCGUCCCCUGCCCCGCAAAGGCUGCGUCCCCGGGGUCCGGGACGGAUUCCACGCGGUUACCUAGCGCCGCCCCCAGACAGGAGUGGGUGGCGCGGCCUCAGAGAGGGAAGAUUUAUUUUUUUAAUGAUGUGACAGACGGCUCGUCGCAGCGACACCGGCCCGCCGGGGGGGGAGCUGGGCUUUGCUUCCCUCGGGUAUCUGGCUCGUGUGGGUUUUUUAAACAUGGGCCAGCUGCUGUGAAAUGCGGGCUUGGAGCCAGGCCGAGGGGGAGGGCUUUCCUUGCUGCCUGUCUCCCGCCGGGCUGCCGAGGGACACUGCAAGCGACUCCCAGCCACAGCUGAGCAAUCGCAGUGCUUUGAAGGCUGCUCCCACUUGGCAAUGCGUCUGUGUACGGCUCCGCCCGAGCCCGCGCUCAGCUCCCAGGCCCUGGCUGCCUGAGGGUGAGGCUGCGUUCCAGCCGCAGGGCCGGGGGCUGCGGGGGCAGGCAGGAGCCACGCAUCAAGCUGCUUUCACCACCAGCCCAUCCUCAAGAGCUCCGGCCGGCCCACAGGAGAGUCCCGCUGGGGAGAUCCACGCGUUGAGGUGCAGAGGCAGCAGCACCCCUUUCACUGGCCCCCCACAACCUACCCAGUAAAUCUGCUACCCCUACCCAGAGGCGGCAGGACCCCAGACCUGCUUUCUGCACCAGCGGGGAGCCAUCCUGCCACAAGGCCAGCUUGAGUUUUUCUCCAGCCCUCCACUUUGCUAUAGAAGGCAACCAGCAAGCCAGCCGCCUCUCAGAUGGCCAGCUCCCCCCUCCCACCCCCCAGGCUAAUCCAGCCCCUGUUCUGGCUGGGGCGGGGGGGUUCUCGCAUGACAUGUCCCCAGAGCAGGGGCACAGAGAGCCCCUGGGGGGGCAGCCAGGGCAGAGUAGACUCACAGGGCAUUGCGUACGCUGGCCUGAUUCCCCCCCUCCCCCCUUAUUUUAAACUAGGGAGGGAAAAAAAAUCCUGGAAUCAUUUGUGGUUGAGGAGAUGGAGGCUGGGGGCUGCUGGAGGGAGCCAGUUGAGGUUGAAGGGGUAGCCCUGGAAACACCUUCAUGUAGCCACGUUAGGGUUUCUAGUCCAGUGGGGUAUGGCCACUGGGGGGGGCGAUAUUGGCCAGCACCCCCUGCCCGCUGGAGCAGGCCAGCCCUCCCAUGCACGGGAUCCAGUGGAGCGCAUGCAGGCGGCUGACCUGCCUUCCUCAUCAACUGGGGCAUCCCCGUGCCAGCCUGCCACGGCCUUGUGUUCCCAGCCAGAACACUCAGCUGCCCCCAGCCGCACAGGGGGGUGGACGGGAGCCUGGGACAGGAGACUGUUCAUUCCCCGAGGCGUCUUGCCAUGAGAGGCACCAGGGCAGCAUGGUCGGGCCCGGAGGUGUAUCUGGGCUGGAGGCCUCCUGGAUCCCUGGGCCAAAGGUCCAUCCUCUCCACAGAGCUGUGGCCCUGCCUGGCAGCAUAGAAGGGAGACUGGAUGUGAUCUCGCCAAGGGGAGAUGGCUCCCGAGGGAUGCCAGGGAUCCGGGUGGGCCAACGGCUGUGGAGGACCCCCUCAAGCAUUGGAGCGUAAGCGAAGCCUGCCCCCGCCUUUUCCCUCAGGGGCCAUCCCUGCCAUCCAGCCUGGCAUGAUUCUGUUUGAGGCCAGGCACAUGCUGCUUGGUUUCCUGGCUAUGCUGGGCUCUGGAUCCCAGCAACCCUCACUCUGCCGCCAUUAGCCCUGUCACACCCUGCUGGGCCUGCCUGCAGGUUUUUCUUGCUUGAGCUGCCGUGGCCAGCCGGCCUCACCCUGGGAGCCCACACAGCAGCUGAUUCCUGCGUGAAGAGCUGUCAGGUGUCAGAGACGUCUCGUGCCCAAGGGGCUCUGCUGAUGGAACGGGGUGACUGGGCACAGGCUGGGCGGCAUCCUGGCACUGCGUUAACAGGGCUGCCAUCAGGAUGCACCUUUUCUCUUAUUUCCUGACUUGGUGUUGUUUAUAAUAAUUUAUAAUACCCACGUCCUGCGCUGCCACAGCAGACGCACCGGUGUGUUAUUGGAGGGUUGCUCAGAAGGGCUGCACCCAGGUUUUUGGGUUGAAGCUGUGAAUCAUAUUGGUUUUCCUUUAGUGGCGGGGCAUCAGGAAGGUUGUGGGUGUGAGACAGCCAAGGCCCCUGCCUGCAGGCAACGGACCGUUAAUUUAACUUUAAAAUCUGCAAUAAAAUCCAGAGUUGCUCACUUGGGCUGGGAGCCUGUGACUAGGCAGGUGGGGGGAGCAAUGUGUGUAACAUGCUGGGGGGCGGGGAGGGCAUGGGCUGGGAGAAGGGAAGUCACGCCUGUUUUCCCAGCCCCUUGCGGAAUUCCUUCCAGGGAGGAAGCUGGGGUCUCUAUGCUGGGCCAGUCUGCUCCCUUUGACACUGGCUUCUCCCCUUCAGCGUCGGGCAGGGGGCUUGCGUGACAUGGCAGGAGUGCCAGGCCUGCGCAGCACCUUGUAACAGACUCAGCCGAUGUCCCUCCUUUCUGCGGAGGAGCCCGCGGACUGGUUUGGCUUGAACGGACUCCCCGGAGCCAGGGCUGAUCUCGGCAUCGCUCAGCCCUGGCAUCACCACCCAGGGGAUUUCCUUUGCUCCUCUCCAAACUCUGGCGCUCAGCCAGUUUGUGCCAAUGCACUGAGCCCUGCCUGGCCUGUGGAGGACAGGAUUGCAGCAGCUGGUACUGUCUGGACCACUUGGCUAUUCCAGAGCCACCAAUCUCCACCAGCCACCGAAUGCCCAUUGCCAAGGGGACCUAUGGGGCGUGUCUGUCCACUUCUUUGCCUUUGCUCAUCUUGUAGUUGCUUUGUGUCUUGGCAGCUGUUUGCUGGCACCCGUGGGCUCUGUUCUCAUAGGGCCUCUGGGAGGACAGUGCUCCAGGAGGGCAGAGGCUCUGUCAGCUGUGGGUCAGGGGUGCUUUCGCCCAGGGUGGUGCAUUGCUUCUUGGAUGACACUCAGCGUCGCCCCAUCAGUGAAAUGGUUUGUUUUCUCCAUGGAGGGUGGCUGCUGUUUGUGAAGCCCCUUCGGCGCGGUGACAUUGUCCCAGCGUGUGGGUCCCACCAGGGCUACCUGCAAAGUCAAGGUGGGGCUCAGCGUCCCACCUCCGUCCCCAGCACCAAAGACUCGUUUGUAUACAGGGGAGGGGUGUAUGAGUGAGCACCAGUAGGAGCUCCCCAGGCAGCUGGUGGUGCCGCUGGGUUAAAGCCCUGUACGAAUGCACAGGUCUCUGCCCACCCUCUUCUGGCCUAGGAGCUAGUGGCUCCGGGCGGGGCCUGCAGCGUUCUGCUCCUGGCACCCCUGCCCAGUCCAGUAUCCCAAGUCUCCCUUGGGAAAGGGUCUGCCCCCUGCUCAGCCUGGGCACUGCCUCUUCCCUUCAGGGCCGGGCCGGAACCAAAACGACCGCGCUGCCGCGCUGUUACAGCCAGGCCUGGAAGCGCAGUUAGCAAAUGGCCCUGGGCUUUAUUCAUGGUCCUGGCCUGCUUCUCCCUGGGCUUUGGGAAUGCUGCCACGUGGCCUCACGCAGGGGGUGGUUCCGCUGCCUUGGCCCACGGGGACCUGGCUGCACAUUCCCCGCUGGGAAGCCACACGGCCAAGCUGUUGUGCAAAGUGAGACCCCCCCCCCCCCGUGCUUUGCUUUCAGUGUCCACCCACACAACUUGCUAUAGGCCAGCCACCUCCCCACCAGCCGUCUGCUACCCGGGGGUCUCAGCAAUCCCGUGGGGGGUGGGGGAAGGAGCCCUGCUGCUGAGUUGGAGAUGGGGAGCGGCCUCUCCCAAGCCAUUCAGGGGCUGAGUGGGGAGAGCAGCGUGCGGGGUCUGGGGGGGAACAGACAGCAGAGCUCGCUCCCCAAGGCAGGGGCCUGCCGUGUGUGCCCUGACACGGACAUGCUGCAUCGGUGGUGGCACCAAGCUGGCCAGGCUCCAGCCGUGCAGGCUCUAGAUUGUCAUACGAUAGACGGGUAUUUUUCCCCUAUUCAGCCCAUGUCUUUUUAAAGCAUUUUGAAAAUUGGUCAGUUUGUGUCACUGCUAAAACCGGGGGCGAUGUGUUUGAUGGGGCAGCCCGCAGGCCUCGCCUCUGUCCAUGGAGCUACCCCCAGCAAAGCCCUGCUCGGCUCCAGCCCCGUCCAAAAGACAGACAGGCCUCAGGAGAGGAUGAGUGAUGUCAUCCCAAAGCCCCGCCUCCAGAAUGACAUCACAACAUUAGCCACCCAUCAAAGCCAUGAUGUCAUUCCCCCCUUCUGAGGAAAGGCCUUCCCCCAUGGGGCUGAAAUUGAGACUUGCCCGUGUAACGAACCACCCCACUGGCGAUUGCCGUACCUCCAGCUUUGCCCCAGUGCAGCAAAGACCAGAAUUCUGCCUGUGCUUCUUGCAAGGCUGGACCCUUCGGGCUGGGAGACGGGUCACACCCCAGACACCUCCUCCCCCUCCGCUCUUCUCACCGCUCCCUUCACUUCCAGUCCCCCUUCUCCGCAUCCUGCCUUCACGCCUGCAACCAGCAGCACUCCCUGCCUGGCCGCCUUCAGCUUCCUGCAGGAAAUCCCUCCUCAUUCCCAGUCCCCUGCUCCCUCUCUCAGCCAGCAUCUCGUCUUUGCUUUCUCCGGUUCCGGACCUGACCCUGCUCUCGCUCCAGGACAUUUACACAACUGGGAGCAGGGGCAGGCCCAUCACUUCAUUGGGGGUGCUUGUUAAAUCAUUGUAAUACCAAAUGCCACCUGUAGGCAGUGCUACAGCUGCCUGGGGCACCAGCCCUGAGGAUAGUCCAACUUUCAGCUUGCUCGUUAGCACUUGGUUUAAUUGGCAUUUCUGCUGCGUUAAAGAGGAACUGGACUUUGGGACUAAAUCCAGGCCACGCGGCAGGGAAUCUGCGUCUGUCCCAGAGACUGGAUUUCUUUCCCUCUUUUAAUAAUCUGCUGUGAGAGCCCAGGCAGGUGAGUCACGUGCUCAUUUCAGGGCAAAGGGAUAGACACGCUGUUCUGGUCCAGAAGCUUUGGGCUGGUCCAGAUGGAAGUAACACCCACUGACCUAAAGCGGUUUAGUUAGCCCAGAGCAGACUCCCUGGGCGGACCCUCUCGAAUGGGUGUGGGGGUGGCAGCUCUUGGUUCAGCUGGGUUGCUCUGUCACUGCAAUAAGUGUCCACACAAGGAGGUUGUGCCAAUUUAGAAACUGCUUGGGUUAGACAGGUGCAAUUAACUGGGCCUCAGCCAGGGAGUUCAGGCCUCAGAGCCACCGGGGCUCCCUCACCAGGCUGAGGCUCAGUUAAUUGCACCCAAUUUCUUAUUGGGCUCAGCCUGGCAACCAGUUUCCCCCCUAGCUGCCCAGUUGGAUUGGGUGGAGCACCCCUGUGCAGAGCGUUGGGUGCUGCAUAACCCUUCAGGCCAGGGCUUUAGCCGAGCCUGUGUAACCCACACACCUCCUGGGUGAGGUUUCUGUCCCAUCUCGGGCACCGAGACCACUUUGAGAGAGAAAUGAGGCUGCUCUACAGCUUUAGCUAAGAGCCAGUUGGCUUUUAGCUCACGCGAUAAGCUCCAGAGGCCCCAGGUUCGAUCCUGCCCGCCAACAACGGGGGUCUGUGGGUGUUACACCUGGGCUUCAGGCCGACCCCUUUUUCUGAGUGCACCUCCCUCCUGCUGCCACCUUCUGACCCAAGCUGCUCUUCUCCUGGCAUUCCCACAGCAGCCAGAGGCCGUGCGCUUCUGGAGGAACAAAGCGCCUGGUGCUGAGCCUCACUGAUCCCAAGCGGGGGUGAGCGAUAGAGGCAGAGCUGUCGGUGAUGUGGAGCAGCUCGCAUGGCCCCUUCCCUCAGCCAGGGGUUCAAUCCGGGCAGGGCUGGCGUAGCUAACACACACGCCGGUGGUGGCACUGGAGACAUGGAAGGAGAGGUGGGAAUCCAUUUUCAGCCCUGCUAACCCAGUUUGGCUCUUUGUCCCCCUCUCGGGGCGAGGUCAUGUAUUGUGGUUGCUGUCUGUGACCUACGACGGCUGGCCCCUUAGCUCAAGCAGAAGAGGCCUCUGGUUUUUAGCUCCGGAGGUCUUGGGUUCUGUUGGCCCCAAGCACGGUUCCAAGGGACAGUGCAUAACCAUUGCUGUCCCUAGUCACAGUGCCCUAAAGCCGUGGUUCUCACACUGGGGGGCAGGCUCCCACGGGUGGCAUGGGCAUGCGUCCAGGGAGGCGAGAGUUGUCAGCCCCAGGUGGUUUGGGCUUGUGCAGAAGGGCCAUGCACACCUGGGAGGUGGGGAUAAAGGGGACAGUCAGAACCCCACCGCCCUGGGGCGGACAGCCGGAGCCCUGCCGCUUGGGCUCUCCUUCCCUCCCCACCCCCAUCCGUCACUUGGGGGCAGCAGAGCUCCAGCUGCCAGCCCUCGGGUGGCAGCAGUGGUGCAGGAGUAAUGGUGGCAAUGGGGCACUGUCUGAUGUGAAAAGUGAUAUUGACAAAUAUCACUUGUCACAUUGCCGCCCUUCCUGCCUUCGCUGCUGCAGCUGGCCUGGCGCUGCCUUCAGAACCAGGCUCCCGGCCGGCGGCUGCUGCUCUCCGCUCCGCCUUCAGAGCUUGAGAACCGCUGCCCUAAAGCUUCCACGGGGAUGGGUCCCUCGGAGGCUCAGCGGUGCCGCUCCCGCAGAGGCCUGGCCCAUGCAGGGCUUUCUGAGCUGUAACCUCCCUUUGAUUAUUUGAGCCCCACGGUCUGGCGCGCUGCCUUAACUCCAUUUGCUUGUUUGGUUCGGGUCCCCCACCUCUCGCCUUGGCCGCUGGCUUUCUCUGUUAUGCCGGGAGGCGGGGUUGUGCCCUUUGAUUGUACGGCACCGAUGGCGUGGGAG